AUGUUGCGCGAGAGAUGGCAGUGGCAGGGAUGCAUUUUCAUUCUCGUCCUGCUUCUUCUCUCCAACACAUCAGCGUCAGGCACUUCUCUGGAGGAGAAGGACAACACGAUCCUCCCGUCAAAUUCUCCAUCAGACUUCGCGAGAAUCCUGCAAUCUAAGCAGACCAGGCAAGCGCGGGUGUGCAGCGGAGAAGACCACCGGCUGCUGCGCUCCCUCGCCAACACCGGAGCGGAGGUCAUGGUCACCAUCCCCAACUCACAUCUGCAGCACAUGGCCGAGUUCCAGGAGGAGGCCCGGCUCUGGGUCGCCGCCAACGUGGCGCCGUUCCUCCCGGCGACCAUGAUCACGCACAUCCUGGCGGGAGGCGACGCCCUGUCGUCCGUUUCCCCCGGGGACGCCGCCUACUCGCUGGUCCCCGCCAUGCUGAACCUCCACGCCGCCCUCGUCGCCGCCGGACUUGACGGCCGCGUCAGGGUGUCUACCACGCUCUCCGCGGUGCCACUCGCCCCGUCUUGGUCCGCCGGCAUCGCCGGGCGUGUCCUGCGGUUCCUGGGGGAGACCGGCUCGCCAUUGUUCCUCCUCAAAGCUCACGCGUCUGAGGCCACCGCAGAAGCCAAAGUCGGCAACUCAUACGCCGCGAUGCGGGCGCUGGGCUUCUCCAGCAUCCCGCUGAUCACGGCGGAGUCGGCGGAGCUCGGUCUCACUGGGGCGCUGGUGUACCACAGCUACUUGUAUGGCCGUCGUCCUGGCGGUGGCGGGAGGCGGUCGCUGGCGACAGGGACGUUCUGCGUGGCGCUCCAGAACGCAGACCCGACGGCCCUGCAGGCAGGCCUGAGCUGGGCGUGCGGGCAGGGCCAGGCCGACUGCUCCGCAGUGCAGCCCGGAGGGGCUUGCUACAAGCAGAACAACGUGGCGGCGCUGGCCUCCUACGCCUACAAUGACUACUACCAGAAGAGCGCCAGCACCGGCGCCACCUGCUCCUUCAACGGCACCGCCACCACUACUGCCACUGAUCCCAGUUCAGGAUCGUGCGUCUUCGCAGGAAGCACGAUGGCAGGAGGCUCCACCUCUAACUCGAGCGUGCCAAGUGCCAGCCCUCCGACGAGCCUGGGCGCCCCUCCGUCAGACAAUCUCACUCCUCCAGUCAGCUCAAGCCCUCCGUCCGACUUUGGCCCCCCGGCAGCCGACACGGCCCCUCCGACGAGCCUGGGCGCCCCUCCGUCAGAUGAUCUCACUCCUCCAGUCGGCUCAAGCCCUCCGUCCGACUUUGGCCCCCCGGCAGCCGACACGGCCCCUCCGACGAGCUUUGACGCUCCUGCAGGUGGCUUCGGACCACCGUCUGGCUUCGGUCCCCCGUCUGUGUUCGGCAGCCCGCCAUCGACGUUUGGCCCGCCUGGGAGCUUAAACGGGAGCGGGAGCUUCGGGCCGAGCAGCACCCUCGAGCCUUACGGCGUCGGGUGCCGCCAUGUCACCUCCUUGGCUGUCUCCACCCUUCUCUCCGCCAUUGUUCUCGCCCUUCUUUGCGCGUCACCCGAUCUAAUGUAA